UAGAGGCAGGCGUGUACUGGCGGCAGUAGAGGCAGGCGUGUACUGCCAGCAGUAGAGGUAGGCGUGUACAGGCAGCAGUAGAGGCAGGCGUGUACUGGCGGCAGUAGAGGCCGAGGAGUGGGAGCGAGAGGGUGACUGCUCUAGAGGGCCCCAGAAACAUGGCUGCCGAGCGCAGUGUACUGGUGAUCCAGAGUGACUGGCAUGACACGCUGAGAGACAAUAACAGUUCUGCCUGGAUUCUGCAUAAGCCUCUUGGAGAACAAGCAGAGUAUGGAAAAGUUGGAGGGACUGCAUCCUCUGAAAGAUUCACAGUGAAUUCUCGCACAGAAAGGAUGAUUUCUGUCACACAUCAGCCUUCAGGACUUUCUACAGUUUUUAUAGCACCAGUAGCAACAUUCAGUGGUAUUCACUCUAAAAGUGUUUUGUGUGUGAGUGUUGCUGAUGGAGGUCUUGGAGUGUCUGUGUGCACAGACAACAAGUUACAGGUCUGGGAAACAAAAACAGGAAUUGUUAGAAGAGUCCUUGAAGGUCAUCUUUUUGAUGUAUAUACAUGUUGCCUCUUCCCAUCUGGCAUUGUGGUACUGUCUGGCGGAGGAGAUAUGCAGCUUCGCAUCUGGGAUGCUGCCACAGGAGCGUGUCCUGUGGUACUCAAAGGUCACACCGGUGCAGUCCUAGACACAGCUAUUGUGGAUCGUGGCAAAAAUGUAAUCUCGGUUAGCAAAGAUGGACAAGCUAAGCUCUGGAACUGUGGUCAAGCAAAAUGCAUUGCUACUUUAUUGUCAGCCGAAUCCAUCAUAAACUGUUGUGCAAUUUGUGAUGUCACAGGAGUGAUCAACCUACCAGCACCUGCAGAAAUUCCAGAUGAGCUUGAGUAUGACACAGCUGGGAAGGUACUGCUAGUAGGUUGUGAAGAUGGUCAAGUUUACUUAGUGGCAGUGGAGAGCCGGUCCAUCAUGGGCUCAUUCUCAGUUGGUGCAACAGUCCUCUCAGUGUGUUGGGCCUCUCCCACAGUUGGGGUUGUUGGCUUGAGUGAUGGCUGCCUGAAAAUCAUUGAUGCUGUGAGCCUUACGACUCGCCCUUUAGCCCACCACAGUGCCUCACAAGUGGAGAGUUUGACUCCUCACAGAGGGGGAGUUCUAGCUGGGAGACGGGACGGCACUUGUCAGUUCUAUAAACUGGAUGGAUCUAGUCCUUACCAACUCACUGGCUCAGAUUGUGAUCCAAUAUACAAAAUUGCAAGUGAUUCUAAUUAUAUUUAUACAGCAUGCAGAGAUGGAAUAAUUAGAAAGUAUAGGAGCAGGGAUAUAGAUGUUUGAGUUGACCAGGAUAUGAGAACAUUGAAGUUUGAAUAGGAGAGCACAGCAGGAGCCUUGAUAUUAAUAUUUAAAUUGGGAAGUACAUAGUGUAGAAAUAAUAGCUCUGAAAAUAAAUAGCAACGUCUUUGAUUAUACAUAAUUUUGGAAUGUGUUGACCCAAAUUUGACAAAUAUAAAAAUAAUACUGUUAAAUACUGUAGUUAUAUUUGUUGGAAGUUGUAAAAUCUGUGAAACCUUAUAAUUCAGUUUCUGCAGGUGAAGUUCAAGUUGACAUGCAUAUCAACUUUUUAUCAUCAUCAUUGCUGUAGGUGGAGAAAAGUAGAUUAAAGCAACACCUGUAAGUUGUUAAAUUGAAAGUACAGUAUCAUUAAGUUGGAUGUCUUACUGACGGAAACUAUAUUAGUAACAACAGGAACAAAUGAAGGCAAAAUAAGCAAACAUAAUUACAUUAAUAUUGAAUGAAAUUUCUUGCUAGAUAUGAACCAAAUCAUCUUGAUAUUGUUACCUCACACCCAGCUUUGCUUAUCAACAAAUAAUUAAUUAACAGCAGUAUCAGGGGCCGUGUGAGUAACUUAAGUUUUGUAAGAUUCAAUCAACAAUUGUCUGGAAUAUAAAUAACAGCAGCAUACUAGAAUAUGUAUUAACAAAUGUGUUUGGUAGAAUGUAUUAACAGUUGUAGAUUAUGAAAAAUAAUUGGUAAAAUAUGAAUAACAUGUUAGAAUAUGGCUAAUCAUAGUAUCUGGUAGAAUAUGGCUAACCAUAGUGUCUGGUAGAAUAUGGCUAACCAUAGUGUCUGGUAGAAUAUGGCUAACCAUAGUGUCUGGUAGAAUAUGGCUAACCAUAGUGUCUGGUAGAAUAUGGCUAACCAUAGUGUCUGGUAGAAUAUGGCUAACCAUAGUGUCUGGUAGAAUAUGACUAACUAUAGUAUCUGGUAGAAUAUGGCUAACGAUUGUGUCGGGUAGAUUAUGGAGCACAUUUGAUAGUUCUUAUGAUAGCGUAUUUGAAGCUGCAAAAGGAGAAUUCCUUUGGUAUGAUUACAUGUGGUGAUCAAUCAACAUUAGUUUGGGUUUUGACUCUGAAAAUUCACACUGAUGUGUUGCUCAUGAUGUCAAUUUGGACAUUAAGUUGGUAUAUAUUUACUUAUAGAAAAAUAAGUAGUAUGGGGAAUUGAAUUAUCAGGGAAAAGCACCAAGCCAUUAUGUCUAUAUAGCAGUUGGAAGGGGGGUCAGAAUAAGGAUUUGGGGUUGGAAGGAAUAGUGCCCAACCAUUUGGACGGUCAGGGAUUGAACGCCGACCUGCAUGAAGCGAGACCGCCGCUCUACCGUUCAGUCAAGUGGUUGGGAUUUAGUAUGGGGAGUGUUGAAUAUUUUUAUUUGGGAAGCAUUGAGGCCAAUGUUCACAGAUCUACACCAAUGAACUUAGUUUAUAAACUGGAACAGGUUAAACUAAAGCGAAAUAUGAGGGCUGAAUUUGUUGCAACUACAGGAAACCUUUGUGUUAAGUUACUUAUAUUAUAAGGAUUAGAUUUGUUUAUCAUAUGCAAUUUCAUAAUUACCAUUAUUGUUUUGUUGUGUGCAGAGAUACCUGGGUAAGAUGAAACUUAAGCAAUUGCAUUUCUGUUUUACAUUAUCGUACGGAAUAGUUGUAGUUCACAGUGUGUUGAUGUGGUAUACGCACGGUUCUGAAGCAAUUUCCUAGUACCCUUGGAAAUGUUGUCUGCAUACAACAUGUUGCUAUAAGAAGAUUUAGAGUUAGGUAUUUACUUUUGGAAUAAUAUAGUGUGUUUACACGCCCUCAUUUAUAGGUCUGUUAUUAUUUAACUUUAUAUUUUCUUUAUUUGUUAUAAUUGACUUUUAUUCUUUCUUUUUCAUGCUUCCCUUCAUUGAUGUUCUGUCCCAUUGAUCAACUACAGUUGCUAUUAUUUUGUUUGAAGGUUUGCUCAUUUUGCACUAUGCUCUUACCAAGCUUACCAAACUUACCAAGCUCUUACCAUUUUGGGUAAUGUCCUACAACACAUGCCCUUUUUUUAUAUAUAUAACUACAUUCACUAUGGCAUCUCUAUUCCGUAUUGUGUUCUAAGCCAGUCUUUGUUAAAAAAAAAAUAGUUUUUAGGCAUAUUCAGUAUUUUUUUGUAUGGAGGUACUCUGCUGGUAUUGUGUUCCACAGUAUAUAAUUGAAAUUUGUGGUUUUUAUUUAUAAUAAUUAUAAUUAUUGAAUAAUUUUAUGAUAAAGAAUACCACUCAUUUACUGUUUAAAAACACUGACAUUGAUAUUUUGAGUAAAGGAAUUAGUUUCCAUGGAAUUUAAAUUUUACGCAAAGGAAGUGUUUAUUUUAGAUUACUAUAGAUAUAUUGAUGAUGGAAGACAUAUAAAAUGUGAAAAGGUCACAUAUUGUACAGACUUUUAUGGGCAAAGAUAGUAAGAUUUAAAAUGAACUGCAUAAUUGAUAGAAGAAGUGGAAUUGAGAUUAAAGGGGGAAGACAAUAUAGUGAUCCUGGUUCUACCAGCCUUAAUGUCGUUAAUUACUACUAAGCUUUUGAUUUGUCCAUUAAGGAGGCUCAGUUGUCUUAAUUAUGACCUUGCGUCAUGGUGCACUUUGUAAACAAUAUUAUGACAAGUGGAUUAAGGAGUAAAGGUCUACCUUGUGCUAGUCUUCACUUUAUGGUUUGUUAUUGCGUUAAUGUCCUAUUGUCAAGGAUAGGAAGCCUGUUAGGUUUAUCGAGGUUUCCCCUAGGCCAGCUACUGACCUUCCCCACCAUGCAAUCAACAACAGUUGUCUAACUCCCAGGGGCCUGUUUACUGCUAGAUGAACAGCCAUAUCAGAUGAAAGGAAAUUGAGCAAAAACGUUUGGCUGUGACCCAACUGCUGGGAAUCUAAAUAUUGCAGCAAAUUAAUGCUCCAAAUAAUACAUUUAUUAAUACUUUUCCAUUUCUAGGUGAACAUCCCUACCAUUUAAGAUGAAUUAGUAGAGUAUUCAGUAUAAUUAGUUAAUUACGUGCUAUUAAUUUGAGAAGCUCGCUACUAGGCCUAAUAAACAAGGAUAAUUUUUGUCUAACAGCCAGAGUAAUUUUUUAUUUUUUCAAAUAUCUUUAAAUAUUAGUCUGCCCAUAAUAUAACAUAUUAUACUAAAUAAAACAUUAUAUUUACUGAAUUAUUUAAUAAUUUUUUGUAAUUCAUUGUCAGGGGACAAGAAGCCAGGUUAUAUAUACAGUACAUGUUAGGCUUAUACCAUGGUUCCCCCACCCUCCCCAAGGUUGAAUUACUGACCCCGCUCAGGAUGCAACCCCACAACAAGCUAACUCCUGGGUAUCUAUUUACUGCUAGGUGGACAGGGGCAUGAGGUGAAAGUUAAUUAUUGUCAUUACUGUGCUGCCAAGAUUCGAUCCCGAAAUUCUCGAUUUUGAGUCGAGAACGAACCCGACCGUACUACCGGGACCCUCAUAAAUUUAGAGAGGUUUGCCUAUGUUAGGCAGAAUUUAGGAAUAUGACAGUGUCAGACCAUGGAGGAAAAUUGAAACAGGAAUUUCCUUAAGUACUUUUGUAUAUUAAUACAUCUUCAGAGUGGUUUUACAGGUCGAGUACUGGACAUAAAUAGGCAGGAGAGAAUGGUGGAGUGAGGUGAGGUACAAUACGUGGACACUGCAUAUGGAAUAUGCAUACUGUAAUAGGAAAUUUUAGGCAACUUGACCAUGUUUUUACCUUAUGUUGAUUCUGGGGAUCAAUGUCUCCAUGACCCAAUCUCUGACCAGGCCUCCUAGUUGGUGGUCUGGCCACCUAGACUAUUAGAUGCAGCUGUUCCCUGUUUGAAGUACGAGUCACAUUCUGGUUGAUCAGGUAUCUUUUGGGGGAGUUUUAUCUAGUUUUCUGUAAACACCAUGAAAGGUCGGCUAGCUAUGCCUUUUACAGUAUGUUUUGAAGGAGUGUGUUAAAAAUAUUGAUCACCAUAAUAUUGAUACAGUAUCCUGUAAUUGACUCUUAGUGUACUCAUUGCACCUCAACUUUUCAAUGGGGCUACCAUGCACUUCCUGCCAUGCAUCCUGGUCUCAUGAGGAGUUAUUUCCAUGUGCAGACUUGGAACCAGUCCCUCUAAUAUUUUCCAAGUGUAAAUUAUUGUCUCUCUUGCAUGUGAUUAAGAGAAAAAUUUGGUCAAUGUUAUAAUGAUCCCAAUAGUUUAGAUGGUUUAUUGAAUGGAUUUGGGCAGUGAAAGAUCUCUGCACAUUCUGCAGAUCAGCAAUUUUUCUAGCUUUGACUGGGACUGUUAAUGUACAACAAUAUUCCACUAUAGAGAACACUAGUGUUUUAUAUAGUACCAUUACUGGUCUGGCAUAUCUUGUUUGAAAGGUUUUUGUUUUCCAACCUGUAAUUUUUUUUGUAUUUUUUUUAUUACACUUGUGAGUACAGGAACAGAUGACUUCUGACUCAUGUUAGCACGUUGAGAGCUUUCCCUUCUCAUAGCUAAUGGAAAACCCCAUUCUCUAGUUUUUUCCUGUCACAUGACCCAUCAAUUGUUAGCAACCAAGUAUCCAAUUACUGCUGGGUGAACAAGUUAAGGGUUCAUGCCCAGACAGUCCUCCCUGGCCAGGACAUGAACAUAGACAAAUUGCUCAUGAGGCAUAGGACGAGUGUGUUCUUUAAAGUAUGUUGGAGAUAACACCAGCAUUUAGGCUCUGUCUCCACAUGAUGUUUAUGGCCUGUGAUAGUGAUUUUUUUGCAAUUCUUGAUGAAUAUAGAAUUCCAGGAAUCUGGUCCUGAUAAGAUUGGUAAGGUAGUUUUGGCUCAAAUAUACAGUAAUAAGAAAUAUCAUGUUCAUUAAAUGACAUUAGAGGUGUUUGUAAAGCUUAAUUUUGAGUGAAAUUCGACUUUAAGCAAUUCUGGCUACUGUACUAAAUGGAAAAAUUAUAUUAUUGAAUUGGGUAUAUAGUAUAAGUUUUAUUUUUGUCUUGUAAUUCUAUUACUUAUAUUUGUUCAGAAAUAUGAUAUAAAUUCAAUCAUGGAUGGGGGCUGUGUAACAGUUAACAGAAAUACAGCUCUUAAAGAAUGAAAUAAAUCACUGUUGAUUAUAACACAUCUGCAGAUGUGAAAAUUUGGUGAUAUGUUUGCUUGUAUGACAAUAGAUGAGGCACAUUUAGGUUGGUUGUAACUCAUGUACAAAGUCACUACUGUAUCUUGGUGAAAAGCUACUUAUUUUAGAUUGAUAAUCCACAAGGCUGUGAUUUACAAAAUAAAUAUUGGAAUUGUA